UUGCAGCGCAGCUGGCGGGGUCGGCUGCGGCAGAAACCCCGGACGGGCGCAGCCUGGCCAAGGCAUCAGCGAGCGGGAGGUUGGCCUGGCAUCGCACCUGCCCCAGAUUCGCUGGAUAGAGACUGCUCAGCCAGCAGCUGCUGUUGCAAGGGGAGAGGAGCAGGGUGGAGUUUGGCACAGCAGGACUGCACUGACCUGUGGACAGCAAACGCCCUUUGGGCUCUCAGCCCUCCUCUGCGGGAACUUAUUUCUCUGGAGCCAGGAGGCAUCGGCUCAGACAGGUUUCCCAGUCUGUCCGAGCAGCACCGGCUCCUCUCGCACCUUGGGGUCCCGCUGAUCCAAUUCCCACAGGUGGUGAGCACGUGCGCUGGGUGAGAAGAGCCUAAGCGAUUAGAAACCUCGUCUGCUGCCCUGCAGGGAUGUGGCUGUACCUGGCAGUGCUGGUGGGGCUGUACCUGCUGCACCGGUGGCACCGGGAGCGGCAGCGGGUGCCCAACCUGGCCGAGAAGUACGUGCUGAUCACGGGCUGCGACUCGGGCUUCGGGAACCUGCUGGCGCGGCAGCUGGACGCCCGGGGGCUGCGGGUGCUGGCGGCGUGCCUGACGGAGGCGGGGGCUGUGCGGCUGCGGGCGGCCGCCUCGUCCCGGCUGCAGACCAUCAUCCUGGACGUCACCUCCAGCGAGAGCAUCGCCGCCGCCGUCGCCUGGGUCGAGGAACGUGUCGGUGACAGAGGGCUCUGGGGGCUGGUGAACAACGCGGGCAUCGCCAUCCCUGCCGCCCCCAACGAGUGGCUGCGCAAGGAGGACUUUGUGCGGGUGCUGAACGUCAACCUGGUGGGGCUGGUGGAGGUGACGCUGAGCUUCCUGCCCUUGGUGCGGCGCGCCCGGGGCCGCGUGGUCAACGUGUCCAGCGCGGCCGGCCGAAUCGUGUUCUUUGGCGGUGGCUACUGCCCCUCCAAGUACGGCGUGGAGGCCUUCUCCGACAGCCUGCGGCGCGAGCUCCGUGACUUCGGGGUGCGGGUGUCCAUCAUCGAGCCCGGCUGCUUCCGCACGCCCAUCGUGGACUCAGAGGCGGCGCGGGAUAGCGUUGUGCAUGCCUGGAGCCGCUGCUCCGACGAGGUGCGGCAGGCCUACGGGCAAAGCUACUUCUCCGCCUACAACAAUGAAUUUCUGCAGCUCCUUUCCACGGCCAACUCCAACCUUUCCCUGGUCACCUCUGCCAUGGAGCACGCGCUGACGGCUGAGCACCCGCGCACUCGCUACAGCUGUGGCCUGGACGUCAAGCUCCACUACAUCCCACUGUCCUACCUGCCCACCUCCUGGGCCGACCGCUUGCUCAUCUCCAACAGCAUCAAGCCGGCCGGCAGCGUCUAGGGAGCCGCAUGGAGCAAGGAUGCCGACGUGACACUUGCAGCCACCAUCAGGCUGCCAGGGACGGGCCGCAGCCCGCCAGCCCCGCGCCGCAGCACGCCGCGCGGGCAGCUCGGUGCUGGCAGCCGCCUCAUUAAAAGCAAUGC